CGGAAAUGCACUGGAUCACAUGGUUACAACUACUGAAGUUGAUAAGGGACGUACUGUUGCUAACGCAGAGAUUUUAUUGUUAGCUCGUUCGUUAGAUAACCUGUACCUGACUUGUACGUUUUCGUACACAUCGUAGACAUUUUGGGAGACAUGGAACAUCCAAGUUGUAUUUUGGAGGAUAUGAAGCAGUUUGUCAUAGUUGAUGCCCGACCAACAGUGUAUUACAUCCCAGAUUUCAUAUCAGAGGAUGAGGAGUCCUACCUUCUACAGCAAGUCUACAAGUCUCCAAAAACUAAAUGGACUCAGCUGUCAGGCCGAAGACUUCAGAACUGGGGAGGGUUACCACAUCCCAAAGGCAUGCUGGCUGAGAAGAUUCCAGACUGGCUCCAGACAUACUGUGAAAAAAUUUCCUCUCUUGGUGCGUUCAGUGGGAAAACAGCUAAUCAUGUCUUGGUGAAUGAGUAUAAACAAGGAGAAGGGAUUAUGCCACAUGAAGAUGGCCCUUUGUACCACCCUACUGUCACCACCAUCAGUCUGGGCUCUCACACCCUCCUUGACUUCUACACACCCAUCAGCAGACUGGAGGGCGAUGCCCCGCAGACGGAGGAGAACCGUUACCUGUUCUCCCUGCUGGUGAAGCCGCGCAGUCUUCUGAUCCUGCAGGACGAAAUGUACAAGAACCUCCUUCAUGGCAUCCAGCCGUGCACCCAGGACACGCUGACAGACAAAGUGGUGAAUCUGUCUGCUGCCGGGGGCCUGCAGGGAGAGACACUGACACGAGACACCAGGGUGUCACUGACUAUCCGACAUGUUCCCAAAGUUAUAAAGACAAAGCUUAUACUGGGAAGGAAAUGAAGAAAGACUGCAUGGUGACUUGAUGGUUAUCAUACAACAUGUUGCGUUUGCCAUUUACACUAUCAGUCAUAAUAUCAAUGAACACCUAAUCCAGGCUGCUUUUUGAAUUGUAUUGCACAUGCCAGUAAUGGAUUACUUCUAGCUCUGUUAGAUCUGUACCACCUGAAGUAAUCUCACUGUACCUCUUGAGCUGUAUUAACCUUUCUCUUUGUAGUUGUAACCCACCAAUGAUUGUAAUCAAAUGACUGAACUGAAACUAGAUUUUGUUGUGUAAUGAGGUACAGCACUAUAUACAUAAAAUAGAUAUGACAUCAUAAUAUUUGUUGUGCUUGGUAUAUGUAUGUUUACUUUAUGGCUCUACUUCACAAAAGAGCUCAACCAGUCCAUCAGAAUGGCCAGUAUCUUCAGUUGAUGUGAGCUUUGCACCUAUACAGUAUUUCCAGAAAAGUACAUCCCUAAAUUACCAGAAAUUGUGGUUGAGAAAGACCAAAUAUAUGAUCAAGGUUAAUUUAGAAAUAGUGUAAUACAAGGUUUGUCCACCAGAGGGUGCAGACAAUUGUAUUUUUACACUGUAAAGCUAUUGGCCAGUGCAUAACUUAAUUGCAACUCUGUUACAUGUUUAGGGGGGCACUACACCAAUUUUACUCAUCAAAUGCAGUUUAUUAGUCAUAAGGUGUACUACUAAGCCAAUGAAAACAGUUGUGUAAUAUCUUCAGUGGCUUUGCCAAGUUUGAGAAAGUAAGUAAUAGAAGUUGCAUUAUGGGAAUUACAGUGUUACAGUGAAACUUGAUCCAUUCUAGACACUACAAGUCAUGAUAUCUCAGUCUCUUUUGCAUCAGUUGACCAUUCCUUCUUUUAGUCUGUCUCUUAUUAAUCCAUCAGCCUUAUGAAAGUGAGAGUUAUCCUUUAAGGGUUACUCAUCUGAACAGUCCAUGUUAAAAUGAAUAUUGGCAAAUAUACUGUAAUCUGAUUGUUUUUUCUUUUCUUUUUUUUUUUUUUAACUCUCACAUGUCAACAUUGGCAUCUGCUCUUAACUUUCCAUAUCAGUUUGGCUCUACUAUAAAUAUCUACUUUGCACAGUAAA